GUUCUCUGAAACUCACAAACCUCUCGUUCAUCCAUUCAAAGCUCAACUUUUUGCAGCGUUUUGUCUUCUGUCUCGCUCACCCAUAUUUGAACCCUACACAAAUGGAGAGCAUGUACGUCCCGCCGCCGUCCGCGUCGUCGCAGCGCAUCUCGGCUGCCGCUGAAGCGCAGUCCACGCUGACUGCGGCGACUGCUGGGCUGCCAUUCCCGCUCGACCAGCCGCUCCCGCUCAUCCUGGGCGCAUCGUUCGCACGAGACGACGUCAGCUUCCACGGCCUGCGAUACGACUUUAAGCCGGCGUCCAUCGACGAGUCAAAGCCAGGGUCGAUCGCAGUGCAGCGCGAUAACAUUAGAGUCACAGUCCCAACAACAGGCACACAUGGCGAAGCUGGUUUUGCUGGACCAAAGAAGCCAGCCAUGCGGGAAUGCGUGCUGAUUUACGAUCGCGAAACGCAGCAAUUCUACCUUGAACGCCUCACGACAAAUAUCACGCUCAAGCAAGUGAGAGAAACCAAACGCAAGACGACGACGGCGACGACAACGACGACAAGUGGCAUGCCAAGUGGGGCUGCGAGCGCAGGUGCUUUGACAAGUGAGUCGCAGUCGUCGUCUGCCACGAAUUCGCCUUCGAAGCCUGCGACAUCAUCGUCAACCUCAUCACCUGCAAUCUCGAGUCCGGCUGACACUCUAUCGAGUGCACCAUCUGCUAGCACUGCAGGGAAAGCCGCCGCAUCACGAGCUCCACUCGCCCGAACGGCUGCUGCUGCUUCCCCCGGCUCAACCUCCAGUUCCUUGCCAGCUACCGCCGUCUCUGCUAGUGCGCUCAAUCCACCUGCUGUGGUCGAUUCUUCCUCUCGGAAGCGCCGGGUUGCAGCCAUUGACGACGACAGUGAUUCCGAGAUGCACGUCCGCGCCACUUCCAAGCCAAUCGCAACAGGCACGGCUGACGUCUUACCCGUGAUUAAACGUGCUCGCGCGCUUGAAAAUCUAUCGGUCAAGCUUCAGCUGAGCGAGUCUGGCAGCGACAGCGACUAGCCACAGCCCUUUCUUUGACCUCUUUGAUGUUGUUGCGUGCAUCAUGACAAUCCUUGUACUUUUAGUUUGUAAUUCAAUGUUUGUUCCACUUUUAUUUCAAUUCGAU